AUGACAUUUCAACGUUCACUUUUUAUUGUUAUUAUUCAUUUUGCAUUUGUAAACGGGUAAGAAACAAUUUCAAGUCAAAUUCUUUGGUUUUGGAACCAAUAUCUUGAGGAAAAAUUAUAGGAGGAGAGGGAAAGGAAUCUCAAAAAUUAAGUUCGAGAAAUUUUCUGAAAAGCCUAGAAACAUGUUCUGUAAACUAAAAGUUCAACGUAUAGAUCAUACUGUUUAAAAGAUAUCCUAACUUUUUAGUAAAAAAUUCUGUGGUCUUACUCCUUCUCUUUAUAGGCUCUAGUAACACGGAAGAAGUUUCGAGAUUUUUUUGUUAUAGGAAAACACCUCAAGUUAGCUUCAACCAUCAAAACGAACAUUUUCUGUCUUAUACUGAACAACAAAAAAAAUGAUAAGCUAAAUAACACAAUGACCCCCCCCCUUUCUUUUUUUUUCUGAAUUGUUUUCUUCUAAUAUUAAAUAAAUAGUACAAAAAAUAGUAACAGAUAAAAAAAACCACACCUAUAUUUUUUGAAAACUUUAUUUUUCAAACAGAAAUUCUGAUCAUCCGAUCGAUCCGUCAACUGGUUCAAAUUAUCGAGAUGUUACUGUAGAACACUUGGAUUUGAGGUGGAAGAUUGAUUUUGAGCGAACGAAAAUUAUUGGGGAAGUUGAUUUACAUUUGAAGGUUUUGAAUGAUGCGAAAUUUGUGGUAGGAAUUCUUUUGAAAAAAAAAGAAAAAUAUUGAGAUUUUUUCAAAAAUAGAUGCUUGAUGUUCGUGAUUUAUCAAUUCGAAGUGUGACUUCACAAAAUGUUUCAUUUCAUUUUCAAACAAUCGACAAUGGAAAUCUUGGUCAAAAGCUGAAAAUCUAUUCAUAUCGACUAAUCACCGGAGAUAAAUUGUAAUUCUAAAAAAAAUAGAGAAGGGAUUCAAAGGGAAUAAAAUUAAACUCAAAAUUCAAUUCUUUUCAGAAAGUUGACAAUAAAAUAUGAAACAAGUAAAAAUGCGAGAGCUCUACAAUUUUUAACGGCUGAACAAACUGAAGAUGGAAAGGUCGGAAAAUCAUCAUUUCUCAAAUAAUUCCAUUUUCCAGAACCCAUAUCUAUUCUCACAAUGCGGUCCAAUCAAUGCCCGCUCAAUAGUUCCUUGUAUGGAUACACCUUCAGUUGCAAGCACUUAUACAGCUCAAGUAUAUGUUCCACCACAAUUAACAUGCUUGAUGUCCGCAAUAUCUCUAGGUAGUCAUUAUUCCGAUGUUGGCAAUUAUCGAAUCUAUAGUUUCGAGCAAAAUAUCGCAAUUCCUAGUUAUUUGUUGGCUAUUGUUGUGGGGAAAUUGGAACAAAGACAUAUUAGUUAUAGGUUAGAAAAAAAAAAUCAUUGAGAAAUAUUGAUGGUGGUUUUUUUAAAGAUCUUCUGUGUGGUCUGAACCUUCUCAAGUGUCUGCUGCACAAUAUGAAUUUGAUGAAAUUGAAAAUAUUCUACAAAUGGCUGAAGAUAUUGCUGGUCCAUAUAUUUGGGGAAGAUAUGACAUAAUUGUUCUUCCAUCUUCAUUUCCAUUCAGCGCUAUGGAAAAUCCUUGCCUAACUUUUGUUUCGCCAACUCUUAUAACCGGAAAUCGUUCUCUAGUUAGUACAAUUGUUCAUGAAAUCGCUCAUAGUUGGACGGGUAAUUUGGUUCGAAUCGUUUCAUGGGAACAAUUUUGGAUGAAAGAGGGAUUCACCAAUUAUUUACAACAAAAGAUUAAUGGUCGAUUGUAUGGAGAGAAAAUGAGACAAUUCGCUUUUCAACAAGCUUAUGAGGUCAGUUCUGUUUUUCCGGAGAUAAAAAGUGAAAUCGAAACUGUGUCAAGGUUUUUUCUUGAUAUGUGUUAACCAUAUGAUGACCAAAAACCCGGAACAAUUAAAUUAAGAAAAGUGAAUUGGUUAGAUAUUUUGAAGUGGCACUUGAUUGAGGUCAUUUUUUGUUUAUUAUUUAUGAAUUAAAUUUAGAAUCGAAUAGUUUCAAUUGUUAAUGGAAUGGGAAAACAAAACGAAUUCACAAAAUUGAAUAUUCGACUUGGAAAAACUGAUCCAGUUGAUGCAUUUAGCCCAAUUCCUUAUGAUAAAGGAGCAGCACUUAUUCUAACUAUCGAACAAACAAUAAAUGAUGACAAAAGAUUCGAUAAGUUUUUGAAAAAUUAUAUCAAGAGGUGAGAUUAUGUAUGUGUAAAAACAUGAUUUUAGCAAGUUUCACAUUGUGUUUCAGAUUAAAAAAACACUUUAAUGAACAAUAAAAUUCCAGAUUUUCCUACAAAUCUGUUUCUUCAAGCGAAUUUAUCAUGUUUUUGUAUCAACAAUUUCCUGACAAAAUAGAAGAUCUCAAUAAAAUGAACAUUGAUUUGUGGAUAAAUCAAGCUGGUCUUCCACCAAAACCUCAUUUUGAUACUACAGUUUUGGAUGAAUGUAAAAGAUUUGCAAGAAUUUGGGUUUUCGGAAGAAUUCCAACUGAUGAAGAAUAUUUUAUGAAUAUGACAAGUGCACAAAAAGUCGCAGUUAUUGAUGAAAUAUUGAUUCAUAAAAGAUAUUUCAGUCAUUGGAGGGUGAGUUCAAAAAUUAUUAUUACAUCAAAAAAAGUUUGUAUAGAUGGCCGAAUUCACAAAACUAUAUAAUCUGAGCAAUACUUCUGAUAGUUCGGUUCGCCUUGGAUGGAUUCGAUUAGGAUUAUCAGUAAGAUAUUAUCCGAUUAUUGAACCAAGUUUGGAAUUUAUCUCACAUGUUGGUAUUUUAUGGUAUAAUUCAUCAAUUUAUCGUGGACUAUUUAAUUGGAAUCUGGCGAGAAAUCGAGCUAUUUCGAAUUUUUAUAAAACUAUGAGAAAGAUGAAUCCGAUGACAAUUAAAUUAGUCAACAAGUUAAUUAGAUGA